GCGUGUGCACACUCCGCCAGUCCUGCAGCUGCCCUAUAGAAGACACCGCUCCAGCAGCACCACACCACGCAGACUGGGGAUCUUUGCUGGGGAGCGAGAAGCAAAAGACGCAAUGUUUGUCAAAGUGGCCGUGGCGCUGCUGGUUCUGUCAGUGCUGGAGCAAGUAGUGCGUUCGGAUAAUACGGACAUUCACAGUCACGAUAUUCCCCCGGAGAAGCCAGCGAGCCAGAAAGGGCGCCUGUCCCUACAAAACACAGCUGAGAUCCAGCAUUGCCUAGUGAACGCGGGAGAUGUGGGCUGUGGUGUGUUCGAGUGCUUCGAGAAUAACUCCUGUGAGAUUCGGGGGCUUCAGGAAAUCUGCAUGACGUUUCUACACAAUGCUGGCAAAUUCGACUCUCAGGGAAAGUCCUUUAUCAAAGACGCUCUCAAAUGUAUGGCUCACGGGCUCCGGCACAAGUUCAGCUGCAUCAGUCGGAAGUGUGUGUCCAUAAAGGAGAUGGUAUUUCAGCUGCAGCGAGAAUGCUACAUCAAACACAACCUGUGCUCUGCCGCCAAGGAGAAUGUGGCUGUCAUGGUGGAGAUGAUCCACUUCCAGGACCUGUUUCCCAAAGGCCCAUAUGUGGAGCUGGUGAACAUCCUCUUAAGCUGUGGGGAGGAGGUGAAAGAGGCACUAACUCGUAGUGUUCGACUACAGUGUGAACAGAACUGGGGAGCUCUGUGUGACAGUCUCAGCCUAUGUUCGUCUAUGGCCCCAUCUCCAGCUGGAACACCCACUGAGCACCGCCGGCCUAUACCGCCACCACCACCGCCCCACACAGAACCAGAGCUCCCAAAGCCCCCUAAACAAGCUGACAGUAAGGACAAGCCCAGUAAAGUGGGGUUCAGCGCUCACCCUCGCAAUCGCAGUCAAGGGCCAAGGCGCCACGGUCCGGAGGCGGGGCUAGUGGCGGAGCAGGAAGACGCAGAGGCCACUGACAUCAGGAGGUGAAAACAACACAGAACUUUUUUUUUUUGAAAAUUAAGCAACACUUAUUAACACAUAUACACACACACGACUACACACUGACACACAGAGACUGAGCAGAAGGAAGCCCGACUUUUCCAGUUCCUAUUCCGCCCUCUCCAGUCAUUCCAGCGCUCCACUCGGUAAACUUGCAGGGUAUUUGUGGUGUAGCUGUACCAGACU